UCUGCUUCAGCCUUUUCUCCGCUCCAUCAUGGAUCUGUGGACUAAAAGUGUCGCUGGGAUUAUCGCUCAGGUCGCGCUGCUGCUUCUCUCCAGCUCGCACAGGACAACCGGAGAAGAUGUGUGUGACAGCGCCCUGGUCUCUAAUCUGCCGCCGUCGUCCUUCAGGAGCUCCUCCCAGCUAUCAAGUAGUCACGCGCCAGGUUUCGCCAAAGUCAACCGGAGAGACGGAGCCGGAGGCUGGUCUCCCCUCACCUCGGACCGGUAUCAGUGGUUGGAGGUCGACCUGGGCGAGCGGACCAAGAUCACUGCUGUCGCUACGCAGGGUCGCUACGGCAGCUCCGAUUGGCUGACGUCAUACCUGCUGAUGUUCAGCGACACGGGACACAACUGGAAACAGUACAGACAGGAGGACAGCAUAGGGUCUUUUCCAGGUAACAAUAAUGCAGACAGUGUGGUUCAGUACAAACUGCAGCAGCCCGUGAUCGCUCGCUUCCUCCGUCUCAUUCCUCUGGACUGGAACCCCAACGGGAGGAUCGGCCUCAGGCUGGAGACCUAUGGAUGCCCUUUCACGUCUGAUGUCAUGAGUCUGGACGGCGUCAGCAGCAGUCUGGUGUUCAAGUUAAGUCCCGGGACGAGGCAGACGUCCAGAGAUGUCAUGUCUCUGCAGUUCAAAACCCUGAGGAAUUCUGGGACGCUGCUGCACAUAGAGGGAGAGGGAGGACUCGGCCUCAGUCUGGAGUUAGAGAGAGGAAAGCUGCUGCUGCUGCUCAGAAAAGGUAGGACUCCAUCCUCUGAGCCCCGGCGGCUGGCUUCCAUCGGCAGCUUGUUAGAUGAUCAGCACUGGCACCAUUUGGCGUUCGAGCGACGCAGCUCUCACCUCAACCUCACGGUGGACAAACACACAGAGAGGGUUCAAAUCCCUGCAGAGUUCAGCCACUGGGACAUCAAGCAGCUGAGUGUAGGCGCAGUUCAGAGUCCGGCUUCUCAGAAACAAAUCGCCUCCAAGAGGAACUUCCAUGGCUGCCUGGAAAACCUGCAGUUCAACGGCCUGAACCUGAUAGAGCUAGUAAAACACAAAUACCACCAAGUUACAGUAAUGGGCAAUGUGACCUUUUCAUGUGCUGAGCCGGUUUCUGUUGCCGUGACGUUUCCCGGCCCGCAGAGCUUCCUCCAGUUGGCGGCGGCGACAGCGUCCUCCUCUGGGGGCGUGUCCAUUGGGUUUCAGUUCAGGACGUGGAACAAGGCGGGGCUUCUGCUCACCUUUGAGUUAGCUCGGGAAGGGGGCAUGGUCUGGCUGUACCUGAGUGAGGCCAGACUCUGGCUGCAGAUCCAUACUGGCAGGGUGCUGCUGGAGAUAAGUGCAGGUUCCGCCCUGAAUGACGGUCAGUGGCAUUCAGUGGAGCUAAUUUCAAGACGAGGCCGUCUGAGCAUCGCUGUGGAUAGAGAGGAUGGAGGCAGCGCUCAAGCCAGCCCCUCAUUCCCUGUCGCCAUAGAAAGUCAGGUCUUUUUUGGAGGAUGUCCUGCUGAAGAGGACAGUCAGCAGUGCAGAAACCCCUUCAAUGUCUUCCAGGGCUGUAUGCGUCUCUUAACUCUGGAAAACCAGAACGUGGUGAUUUUGGUGCAGCAGAAGCAGCUGGGAGUGUACAACAACCUGCAGAUUGACAUGUGUGGAAUCCAUGACAGGUGUUCUCCGAGUCGCUGUGAGCACGGCGGUCUCUGCAGUCAGUCCUGGACCAUGUUUCACUGUAACUGCUCUGACAGCGGAUACAGUGGAGCCACCUGCCACAGCUCUGUGUACGAGCAGUCCUGUGAGGCGUACAAACACAACGGCAACACGUCGGGACAUUUUCACAUCGAUGUGGACGGCAGCGGACCGAUCAAACCGCAGCUGGUCUACUGCAACAUGACAGAGGAGACCACGUGGAUGGUGAUCCAGCACAACAACACAGAGCUGACCAGAGUCCGACCGUCUGCAGGUGUGAACCAGCGUUCAGUCCACUUUGACUACUCCACGAGAGAGGAGCAGUUAUCAGCAGCCAUCGGCCAAUCAGAGCACUGUGAACAGGAGCUGUCCUACCACUGCAGGAAGUCCCGCCUCCUCAACACUCCAGAAGGCUCUCCGUUCAGCUGGUGGUUCGGUGGUCCUGGUCCCGGUACUCUCCAGACUUAUUGGGGUGGAGCUCAGCCAGGCAGCCAGCAGUGUGCCUGCGGCCUGCAGGGCGUCUGUGUGGACCCACAGCACUACUGCAACUGUGACGCAGACCGCAUAGAGUGGGCGGAGGACUCAGGCCUGCUCACCUAUAAGGAGAGCCUCCCUGUCAGGUCUCUGGUGCUGGGUGACGUCCAGAGGCCGGGCUCAGAGGCCGCCUACAGGGUGGGAGCUCUGCGUUGCCAUGGAGACAAGAAUUUCUGGAACGCUGCGUUCUUCGACAAAGAGACGUCAUACCUCCACUUCCCCACCUUCCACGCCGAGCUGAGCGCAGACGUGUCCUUCCUGUUUAAGACCACGGCCGCCUCCGGUGUAUUCCUGGAAAACCUGGGCAUCAAAGACUUCAUCCGGAUCGAAUUGAGCUCCUCCACUCUGGUGGUUUUCUCCUUCGAUGUGGGUAACGGGCCGCUGGAGGUCCAGGUGGAGUCGAGCGUGCCGCUGAACGACAACCGGUGGCAUCGAGUGCGAGCCGAGCGCAACGUCAAGGAGGCGUCGCUACGUUUGGACGGACUUCCUGUCGCCACACAGGAAGCUCCAGCUGACGGACACUUCCGCCUGCAGCUCAACAGCCAGCUCUUCAUAGGAGGCACAGCGUCCAGGCAGAAGGGCUUCCGGGGCUGCAUUCGCUCCCUGCAGCUGAACGGGGUCACUCUGGACCUGGAGGAGAGGGCGAAGAUCACACCCGGGGUUCGACCCGGCUGCCCGGGUCACUGCAGCAGCUACGGCUCGCUCUGCCAGAACCAGGGCCGCUGUGUGGAGAGAGCCAACGGCUUCCACUGUGACUGCAGCCUGUCGGCAUACACAGGAGUCUUCUGCAACACAGAGGUGUCGGCAAGCUUCAAAUCAGGGACCUCCGUCAGCUACACCUUCAAGGAGCCGUAUGAGUUGAGCAGGAACAGCAGCGCUCUGCCGUCCUCCAUCUACUCCGACACGACGCUGAGAGGAGAGAACGUCUCCCUGAGCUUCAGGACCAAUCAGAGUCCGGCUGUGCUGUUCUACGUCAGCUCCUACUACAGAGAGUACCUGGCCCUGCUCAUCAACAAGCAUGAUAAGCUGGAGGUGAGAUACAAGCUGGACAGCAGCAGAGAGGCUGAAGUGUUGAGGAGCAGAGUGAGGAGUCUGGCUAACGGACAGCUUCACACCGUAAACAUCAGGAGACAGGCCGACUCUGUGACUGUGCAGAUCGACAAAAACCCCAGAGAAGACUUCAACCUGACAUCAGACGGAGAAUUCAACGCUAUCAAGUCGCUGGUGUUGGGCAGAGUGCUCGGUUCUGAUGAUUUGGAUCCAGACCUGGCCCGGGUGGCGUCCAUCGGUUACACCGGCUGCCUGUCCGUGGUUAACUUUAACUCCAUCAGCCCUCUGAAAGCCGCUCUGCUCCACCCGGACACCAGCCCCGUCGUUAUCACCGGACCUUUACUCCAGUCCAACUGUGGCUCCUCGGCUUCAGCCAAUCCCUACGCAGCAGAGAACACACACCACCUGUCAGACCAUUCUGGUUCUGUGGGUUCAGGUGAGCCUUUAGUCAAUGCCAUCAGGACUGACUCAGCUCUGAUCGGAGGUGUCAUAGCGGUGGUGAUCUUUGUGAUCGUGAGCGGCCUGGUGGUAACCGCCAGAUUCCUGUACAGGAGAAAAGAGACAUACCGAAACCAGGAAGUGAAGGGAGUCAAACAGGAGGACAGUCAGGACUUCCCUUUCAACAACCAGACUGACUCACAGAACGUCUCCUGUGAAAACCCAAAGGAGUAUUUCAUUUAACUGGAGGACAGACGACCUGAGGGACCGGUGUGUUUUAACAGCAGAGGCUGCAGACAGGUAGCGUCCUGCCUCACCUCAGGACUUGAACUGCGCUGAGAGCCAAUCAGAGACUUCGCUGCUGCUGCCAGAAAUGUGGAGGCAUAAAAAAACUGAACUUUUCACACAGCGUGGUGGUCGUUCUGUUGCUUUACUGUAAAUUGUAAAUACAGAAAACAGGCAACAGUGUUGGAUCUUAAGUUUCAACUGUAAAUUAUUUCAAAUGUAAAUGUUGAAGUGAUGUCUUUGUAACAACUUCUGGCUGAAGUCACUUUGUUAUACUGAAAUGUUGGAACUAA